AUGAGCGGCAUGCAGCGGUUCCUCCGACUGAGUGCGGCCGAGGCCGAAGCCGCGAUGCAGCCCACGCUCGUGGCCGGCAAGUGGAAGCAGCCGCUGCUCUCUGGUCGGAAGGUGGCACUGGUGAAGAAGCACGCGGCCCGCAACGGUCUUUUGGGGACGUGGGAAGCAGGCAAAGGCGGCUGGCUCGAGACGUGGGACCGACCCCAGCAGCACCACGUGAUGCGGCCACCGAAGGGCCACAAGAACCAGCGCAAUGAGUUUGAUCGCGUCAAGAAGGUGCAGGCAGCGAUGGCAGCGAUGCCUGGCAAGAUUGCUGACCACAAGAAGGCGGUCAAGCAGGCAAAGCCGCUGAAAGGGCUGUACAAGUGGCUCAAUGAGACGGACCCGUAUUAG